CUUCUCGGCCGCUCGGGGGCGGGGCGGGGCGGCCCGGCGGCGGCGGCCUCGGCGGCGGGGGCGGGGCCGGCCUCACCCGGAAUGAAAAUAAACGGCGGCCGCAGCCGCAUCCGGGCACUCGGCGGGUCGCGGCUGGCGCGGCUGUGGCGCAGGAUGGCACAAAAGAAGUAUCUCCAAUCAAAAUUGACCCAAUUUUUAAGGGAAGACAAAAUUCAACUUUGGAAACCUCCAUAUACAGAUGAAAAUAAAGAAGUUGGCUUGGCAUUGAAGGACCUUGCUAAGAAGUACUCUGACAAGCUAGAAUGUUGUGAAAAUGAAGUAGAAAAGAUAAUGGACGAAAUACGUUGCAAAGCAAUCGAGCGUGGCACAGGAAAUGAGCACUAUAAAACAACAGGAAUUGCCACAAUUGAAGUCUUUCUACCUGCACGGUUAAAAAAAGAUAGGAAAAACUUGUUGGAGACCCACCUGCACAUCACUGGCAGAGAACUGAGGUCUAAAAUAGCGGAAACCUUUGGAUUUCAAGAAAAUUACAUCAAAAUUGUCAUAAAUAAGAAACAACUUCAACUAGGGGAGACACUUAAGGAGCAGGGAGUGACCCACAACGUGAAAGCUAUGGUUCUGGAACUAAAACAGUCUGAAGAAGACGUGAGAAAAAACGUCCAGGUUGAAGAAGAAAAGCGAAAUGAAGCCAAGCUAGAAGAAAAAAGAAUUCAGAGGACUAAGAGAGGACUGGAGAUCCUUGCGGAGAGAGCUGAGAUGGUGGUGGAUCCGGAAGCCACACCAUACUUAGACAUAGCUAACCAGACGGGCAGAUCAAUCAGAAUCCCUCCAUCAGAGAGAAAGGCCCUUAUGUUAGCUAUGGGAUAUCAUGAGAAGGGCAGAGCUUUCCUGAAAAGAAAAGAAUAUGGAAUAGCCUUGCCAUGUCUGUUGGACGCUGACAAAUAUUUCUGCGAGUGCUGCACAGAGCUGCUGGACACGGUGGACAACUACGCGGUGCUCCAGCUGGACAUAGUGUGGUGCUACUUCCGCCUGGGCCAGCUGGAGUGCCUGGACGACGCCGAGAAGAAGCUGAAGCUGGCCCAGGAGUGCUUUAGAAAGUGCUACGGGGAAAAUCACCAGAGGCUGCUCCACAUAAAAGGAAAUUGUGGAAAAGAGAAAGUCCUGUUUUUAAGACUUUACUUGCUUCAAGGCAUCCGAAAUUAUCACAGUGGAAAUGGUGAGGAGGCUUAUGAAUAUCUCAACAAGGCACGUCAACUCUUCAAAGAGCUAUAUACUGAUCCAUCCAAAGUUCACAAUCUGAUGCAGUUGGGAUUUAGUGCCCAGGAAGCUCGGCUUGGCCUGAGGGCGUGUGACGGGAACGUGGACCACGCGGCUGUCCACAUCGCCAACCGCAGAGAGGAACUGGACCAAAUAAAAAAGGAGGAAAGAGAGAAGAAAAAACGCCGCCUGGAGAACAUUAACCAUUUGAAAGGAAUGGGCUACUCCAUGCGAGCAGCCAGGCAGGCACUCCAUCAGGCCAGCGGGAACCUGGAGGAGGCCCAGAAGAUUCUUCUCCAUAAUCCUCAGAUGUGGUGGUUAAAUGAUUCAGCUCCGGAAAGCAACAACCGUCAACAAAGUCCGUCUCAGGAAAAGAUUGACCAAGAUCAGACUCCCCUGGCCCCGCAUGGGGGGCGCAUCCGCUCUGUGCGGUGGGCCCUCUGCAGAGCCGCUUCCUCCCUGUUCCCCCAGCUGGUAUACAUGGGCUUCGAUGAGGUCGCGGCCAAGGCGGCCCUGAGGGUGUUCAGGGAUAACGUCCAGCUGGCGGCACAGACCCUGGUCCACAAUGAAGGGAGACUUCCUCCUGACCUGCAGCUCUCGGCAGAAGACUCUUCGUCCACACCAUCCACAUCCCCGUCCGACUCUGCAGGCACCUCUAGUGCCUCAACAGACGAAGACAUGGAGACAGAGGCUGUCAAUGAGAUCCUGGAAGACAUCCCAGAACAUGAAGAAGACUACCUUGACUCAACUCUGGAAGACGAGGAGAUUAUUAUUGCAGAGUACUUAUCCUAUGUAGAGAACAUAAAGUCGGCAGCAAAGAAGAACUAAGCGAUGAAUAGAAAUAACUUUUAAGUUUCUGCUUAUAAAUAUUCUAUCGUUUUGAAGGUGUAAUGCAGAUCUUCUUCUUCCUUUUUACUGAUUUUGCUGCAGAGUGCUGCUUUCUCGGGUGUAGGAGGGGCAGGUAGGGAACAGGGAUGUAUAGAGUGAGAGAUGGGGGGUGGGACAGGGUGCCGGUCCCCAGGGGUGGCCUUGAGAACUGAGCUGCCUCUGGCCUGACCUUACUGUCGCCCGCUGCCUUCAGGUUCUGCGGCCUGAGCGCCACCCUCCCUGCUUGUGUGGCUCCCGGGGAGGGCUGCAGGAAGAGCGGCUAGGGAGGGAGAGGUGGAUGUGUCUCCCAUUCUUCCCCUCGCCCUGCGCUUCUGCCCUCUGGAACCCACUGCUUGGUCGUCUCCUCCUUCCCACGACACAGCCCUGCCUCCUGCUUCACCCUCUGCCGCUUCCUGAACGUGUCCCUUAGAUCCCCAACUGUUUGAACUGCUUUGGGGGCCUUUUAGAGACAAGGCGUCAGCUAUAGCAGCCACACAAGACUAUGACAGAGGCCUUCAGCCUGAAACAGCAGUGCUUUUUGUGCUUAGCUUAGUUAAGUAGAAGUUCCCCAGUGGCUCAGACAGUCAAGAGUCUGCAAUGUGGGAGACCUAGGUUCAAUCCCUGGGUCUGGAAAAUCCCCUGGAGAAGGGCAUGGCAACCCACUCCACUAGUCUUGCCCAGAGAAUUCCAUGAACAGAGGAGCCUGGCAGGCUCCAUACAGUCCGUGGGGUCACAAAGAGUUGGACACGACGAGCAACUAACACUUAGCAAAGUAGGCACUUGAAAUUCCGGGUGGAAAUUCAGAAUGUAUAUAUAUUCAGAAUUCUUCUUUACAGAUAUAAAAUCUUUUAUUAAACAGGAAAGUCUUAAAUGCCAACCAAAGCAACUUACUUUUAAUUAGCAUUCUCAGAUGCAGUGCUGCAUAGUAAAUCCAUUGCUGGCUGAGAUGCCUAUCAGAGACUUAAAAUCUAUUUUCUCCAUUUCUUUGUGGGGGGGUUGGGUAUAAUACAGAAGACUCUUUCUAAAGGUAUGUAGUUACUAGCCUCUUAACGGCUCAAGUAACCGUUCUGAGUUGACCAUGCCUUCCUCUGUAAACGUGUUAUUAAAUGAAGACCCUCUGCAGCACCAGGGCACAGCCGGGAGAAGCCUGUGUGGAAAGAAACACACGCCAGGUGUGUUCCCAAGACUUCCUGGCCAGUUGGAAGCUCCACGACUGAGGGCAGAUGGGUCACACAGUUGCUGUUGAGGGGCUGGCUGAAAUGCUUCCGCUGUUUCAGAAAUCAUAAAGCUUGGACAGCAGGCUAGUGUGAACGGGUGGAAAUCCUUUCUUGUCGUUCUUUCAAAAAUGGAUGAUACAGGUGAAAAUAAAAGACGGAAGAUACAUUCCAAAA